AUGAAUCAGAAGAUCCAUCCGCCCGUGGCAAUGGACUUACAGCAGAACAGGGCGUGCAACGCGGACAAAUCAUCUUCGAGCACGUUCCGCGGGGAUGCAUCUUCCAGCGCACUUCGUGGUGGGGUGGCUGCUGUCCUUGUCCAGACUGUGUGCGUGCCUACAUUUAUGUGGAUGCACACAGUGACAAACUACCAAUACAGAUAUGGUGGGACUGCGAUCGAUGCUAUCCGUGCUUUGUAUGCAGAAGGUGGCCCUCGCCGCUUCUACAGAGGAAUUGUGCCUGCGUUGCUCCAAUCCGCAAUCCUACGUUUUGGUGGGUUGGCUGUGAACGAGGGCCUUUUAACAGCGACGGCAAACCAUGGUAUGUCUUCAGCCACAGCUGCAGCCACCAGCUCGUUGGCCACCAGCGUACUGCGGGUCGUGCUAAUGCCACUUGAUGCUUGGCAGACGGCAAAGCAAGUGAAUGGCGAGCACGGCUUUCGGAGAGUUUUGGAGGAGGCACGAACUAGACCAUCAACACUUUGGCGAGGGACCGCAGGAAGUGUGACAUCAACUUGGGCCGGUUUCUAUGCCUGGUGUUGGACCAACAAUUGGUUGCAUGAAGUCCUUCCCAAGUCUGCCUUUCGUGAUUCUGAAACAGCCAGGAGUGCAACCAUAGGUUUCGCAGCCAAUGUUGCUGGCGACGCUUCCAGCAAUUUUCUUCGGGUGCUGAAAACGUUGCAGCAGACCGCAGGUAGAGACAUGACUUACACAUCCGCGGCCAAAGAACUGCUCAGACAGGAUGGCGUACGAGGCCUGUUUGGGCGUGGCCUUCCAACAAAGGUGGCAUCCAGCGGUUUUCAAGGCGCUGUGUUCCUGAUGGGCUACGACUUGGUGCUGAAAAAGUUGUCCUUUUGA